GGAAAUAGAAUUCCCUUACCUGUUCUUAGUUCUUACAUGUAUAUAUAUAGACAUACGCCUCUAGGGUUUUCUGUUCCUAAAUCUGCUGCAACUUGAGACGAGGCGACGACCGGCGGCCAUGGGGAGGAGACCCGCAAGGUGUUAUCGUCAGAUAAAGAACAAACCUUACCCAAAAUCUAGGUAUUGCCGUGGUGUUCCUGAUCCAAAAAUCAGGAUUUAUGAUGUUGGGAUGAAGAAGAAAGGUGUGGAUGAGUUUCCCUAUUGUGUUCAUUUGGUUAGCUGGGAAAAAGAAAAUGUCUCAAGUGAGGCAUUGGAAGCAUCACGGAUUGCAUGUAACAAAUACAUGACCAAGUCUGCUGGGAAAGAUGCCUUCCACCUGAGGGUGAGGGUCCACCCUUUCCAUGUAUUGCGCAUCAACAAGAUGCUUUCUUGUGCUGGAGCUGAUAGGCUUCAAACUGGCAUGAGGGGUGCUUUUGGUAAACCACAGGGAACUUGUGCAAGAGUGAGCAUCGGUCAGGUCCUUUUGUCUGUCCGCUGCAAGGAUGCUAAUGGGCCUCAUGCACAGGAGGCUCUUCGCCGUGCAAAAUUCAAGUUUCCAGGUCGACAAAAGAUCAUUGUUAGCAGGAAAUGGGGCUUUACCAAGUUCAGUCGUACUGAUUAUGUCAAAUGGAAGAGCGAGAACCGUAUCCUUCCUGAUGGUGUAAAUGCGAAGCUUCUUGGGUGCCAUGGACCAUUGGCUAAUCGUCAACCUGGGCGUGCAUUUUUACAUGCAACUGUUUAGGACGAAUGGCUACGGGAAACAGUGUAUGAAAGACAUCUGGUGAACAUUUGAUUGUGUUUUUUUAUUCUGUGAGUAACAGUAUUCAUACUUCAUACUCACUUGUGGUUUUGAAGAACUAGUUUAGAUUAAUAGUGAUUUCCAGUCUUGGGUGGAUUCAUGGUCGUCUCCAAGUACAUUAUGCAUGUUGAUCUAUCAGAUGGAUGUUUCCCUAAA